AAUUAAAAUGGAGUGCAUAAACUGGAUUGGAAUUCAUUAAUUAAAUUAAAAAUAUUGGAUGAUUGUUAGUUGAUAAAGAUUCGAAUCGAAAUAUUUUACAGGUGUCAACGUAACUGCCAACGACAUCAUAAAUUCAUCUUCUCCCGCCUCCGUCCUAUAUUAUUCUUCCCUACAAAAUCUCUCUCCCAUUCAAUCAUUCUUCCUCCCUCCCCUGCAAUCUUUCUGUCUUUAUUUCUAUGGUGGAAUUGGAAUUGGCAUUGGCAUUGGGAUUGGAGUAUAUGAUAAUAGACCGCAAGGAAUUGAAGAACAAAGAUAUAUCCUAAAAAAUGGCGCAUUCCGAUCCCAACAUGCCGGUGGGCCAAACCGACGAGGAUUUUAACGGGCGUAAGAGCAGCUACUCGGCGUACGAUCCUAACGUCCGCCUGAGCGUGGAUGGGUCGCCGACCAUGUUGUCGCCGUGGAACCAGAACUCCCCGUUCGCCAAGUCUCCAUGGUCGCAAUCGCAAAGCGCGGCGGGGGCGGGGGCGAUGGGGAUGAACAAUGCGGCGGCGCAGAAUCUCCCGCAGAACUGCCUGAUUGGGUCUCUGGUUAGGGAGGAAGGGCAUAUAUAUUCUCUGGCUUCCCGGGAUAAGAUUCUGUACACGGGGUCGGACAGCAAGAACAUUCGGGUGUGGAAGGACAUGAAGGAAUUCGCGGCUUUCAAAUCCAACAGUGGGCUGGUGAAGGCCAUCGUGAUAUCCGGCGACCGGAUUUUCACGGGCCACCAGGACGGGAAGAUUCGGGUGUGGAAGGUGAACCAGAAGAACCCGGGAGUGUAUAAACGGGUGGGGACGAUGCCGACGUUCUUUGAUAUUUUCAAGGCGUCGUUGAAGCGGAGCGCGGUGUAUAUAAAACAUUCCGACGCGAUUUCCAGUUUGACCAUGGAUACGGAGGACGGGCUGUUAUACUCUGCGUCGUGGGACAGGACUUUCAAGGUGUGGAAGACGGAGAGCUCCAAAUGCGUGGAGUCCGUGAACGCGCACGACGACGCCGUCAACUCGGUGGUGGCCAGCGUGGAGGGGAUGGUGUACACCGGCUCCGCCGACGGGAGCGUCAAGGUUUGGAGAAGAGAAAUGGCGGGGAAGGGCACCAAGCACGUGUACUUACAGACGCUGCUGAACCAGGAGUGCGCCGUCACGGCGCUGGCCGUCAACAAGGAGGGAUCGGUUCUGUACUGCGGCUCCUCCGACGGGGUCGUCAACUUCUGGGAACACGACAAGCACUUGUCCCACGGCGGCGUUCUCAAGGGGCACAAGCUCGCCGUCCUGUGUCUCGCGGCGGCCGGGAACCUCAUUUUCAGCGGCUCAGCGGAUAAGACCAUCUGUGUUUGGAGGAGGGUGGGGUCGGUUCAUACGUGCCUCUCCAUCUUGACCGGUCACAAUGGGCCGGUUAAGUGCCUGACGGUGGAGGAGGACCAGGAGUCGAUCGGGAAAUGGGUGGUUUACAGUGGGAGCUUAGAUAAGUCUGUGAAGGUGUGGAGUGUUUCUGAAGCCGCCACUGAUUUGCAGAAGAUGGGAAUGGCAUGA